AGGAUGCAGGGCGUACUGCCUGUGUGUGGACUGCAGCCCCUGCUGGCCCUCCUUCUGCUUCAGAUUGUGGGCUGUGGCUUAACCAACGGAGACACUGUGGUGAAUAUGAGGAAGGUGACCCAUCAGACCAUAAGUGAGGAGCUGUCCAAAACCGUUCUCCUCCCCUGCCUCUUCACCCUCCGCCCCAGUUCAUCCCAUGAGCCCCCCAGAAUCAAGUGGACCAAGGUUUGGGGCCAGAGAGGCUCUGACGGCCUGCAGAAGGAACAGUCGGUCCUGGUGGCCAAAGACAAUGUGGUCAAGGUGAAGAAGGCCUUCCAGGGUCGUGUAACCCUGCCUGGUUACAAUGAGAACCGCUACAACGCCAGUCUUGCUCUGUCAGGGCUACGUUCCAGCGACUCUGGUCUGUACCGCUGUGAGGUCGUCGUGGGCAUCAAUGACGAGCAGGACACAGUUCCCCUGGAGGUCACAGGCGUGGUAUUUCACUACCGGGCUCCGCACGACCGUUAUGCCCUGUCCUUCGCUGAUGCCAAGAGGGUGUGUGUAGAGAACUCAGCGGCCAUUGCAACGCCAGGUCAGCUGCAGGCCACCUUCGCCGAUGGGUAUGACAACUGUGAUGCUGGCUGGCUGUCUGACCAGACAGUACGGUAUCCCAUCCAGUCGCCCCGGCCUGGUUGCUAUGGAGAUCGCGAGGACUCACCUGGAGUCCGUAACUACGGCAAUAGGUCCCCUGAUGAGCUGUUUGAUGUCUACUGCUUUGCUAAGCAGCUUCAAGGUGAAGUGUCCCACUCCGCAGUGCCGGAGAAGUUGAGCCUGGCUACAGCUUCCACCCACUGCCAUUCCCUGGGAGCGCAGCUGGCCACCGUUGGUCAACUCUACCUCGCCUGGCAGGCCGGCCUGGACCAGUGUGACCCCGGCUGGCUGGCUGAUGGCAGCGUCCGCUACCCUAUCAACGUCCCACGCAAAAACUGCGGUGGAGACGAGCCAGGAGUGCGGACAGUGUACAACAACCCCAACCGUACUGGCUUUCCCGACACCACAGCCCUGUUCGACGCCUACUGCUACGGAGCCCACCAGCCAGCGGGGGUCCAGGCUGCAGAGGCACAGGCUUUGUAUCAGACCGCCAACCCAGCACCUGAGGCCAUCUCCUCAGUAACUGAAGCUCAGCAUAGUGCCCCUUUUUCCAAGACUUCCACCUGGACUGGCCUGGUUGACUUGGACAAUGCAGGAGUCCACUCCAUUGCUGGAAUCAACAACUCCUCUGAGAUUUCUGAAGAGCAUGUCGUCAUCCAUUUGAGGUCAGAGGAAGGCUGGGAUGAAAAACAGGAUGGACCCAGAACCAGUCAGGAGGAAUCUGAUGACCCAAAGAGCAGCAACAGCUUUGGCCUUUCUGACCCCGGGAACCUGGAGAGCCAUGGGGGUUCUGCUCAUGAAGAAGAAGAUGGUGGUUAUUUUGAAUCAUCUGACACCCCAACAUUAUCCUCUAUAGAUUCUUCCACUCCCCAGCUUCAGACUAGUAAUGGUGUGUUGGCUGAGUUUGUUAACACUCUGAUGAGGCCCUUCAGGUACUGGACCGGAGGUGAGGAGGUGGAGGGGACAGAAAAGGGACCUUCAGUGCUUAAGGAAAAGGCAGGACAGAACCAAACACAGACAGAAGCAUCCAGUAGAAACCUGAGUAUACCAAAACCCAGUGGAAACAAGGGCAGCAUGGACAACGCCAUCAUGGAGCACAGGAGUGAUAGUUUUUCCUUCAGGGCUCCUGCCAGUGGACGUCAGAGUCCAGAGGAAGGUCUGUCUGAGCGGGAGAAAGAGGUGAUGCCACUGAUUCGAUUAGUGCCUGCAGUCCAACACAUAGGGCAAAGUGACACCGUGACACAGCCAGGAGAACGAGCCUCCAGCCCUCCAUCCACUGUUAAAGAAUUCACUGCGUCAGCUCCAAACGCGAGAUCACCGCCCAUUGAACGUGUCAGCAUAUCCGGUCCUCAGGGUCCCAGAGGAGGCUCUGCCUUUGCUCCCGCACCCAGCAGCCACUUUCGGUGGGCCAUUAAGUCCAUGCGUGGCUCCAAACUAGGCCCCCCUGGAAAUGUGGCCUACGUGGGUAAACGUCCCACGUGGGAGCCUAUGGAAGCCAAAGCGGGGCCACUCGAAGUGAUGACCCUGCCCACCUCCCUUCGACAGGACAACCCAGAAAACUACUCAGGCCAGGGAAGGGACCAGGACGGAGAAGAGGCUAACACACCAUCAGCUGGCAGAUCUGCAUCAGGGGAGGAGAGGGAGAUAGAGGGGAGCACUGAAGGGAGCAACUUUCCUGGUGGGUUUGGAUUGAAAGCCAGCAACGUGGACAGCAGUGGUGUCAAACUGAGUCCUGAAACAGAAUCUUCACUCAGCCAAAGCCAGACUGAGCUUGUGACUGUGGCAGAGCACACCACUCUGUCCCAAUGGCAGCUCGUGGAACAGCCCACCACCCCACCUCAGGGCCCCCUGGAACCAGACACAGCAGAGGAGGCCAGGGGAGAGAUCCUCUACGUCCGCCGGCCUACUGAAAACCUCUCCUCUGCUUCUUCACGAAGAGGAGAGGGUAGUUCAAAUUCAGAUUCCACUCCAGUUUUUAGGAAUCACGGCAAAGGCACAAGCAGUAAGGAGGUGGUGACUUUCACACCAGAAACCCUAAUGGAGGUACUGACAACCUCUGAGGUGACCACAGUGGAGCUUCUGACAACCAGAGACACACAGAGGACGGAUCCUACCACCGCAGCAACCAGCACAGAAAAGACCUCAAACAGCGCCACCACUGAGGAGCCGCCUAUCUCUAUAUCAUGGGUUCAGGAAGAGAGGGAGAAAACAGCUGGCACAUCCGACCUGCAGGGCCACCUCUCAGCUACUCCGGCACCCAGUGAGGGAUCUCAAACGACUACAGGUGUCAUUCAGUUGACUACUUCCUCGUCAGGCUCCAACAUUGGCGCCACAGAAAUGGAAUCCAGAUCUGCAGUGUCCUUUGUGGUUGGAAGUCGGUGGACACCUUUCAAAGGCAUGAGUCCAAAGUCAGAGGAACACAAAGCCUCAGUGACGACAGACAACAAAGACAACAAAGACAACAAAGACACAAACAACCCUUUCGGGAUUCUCGUACCCAACUGGGCCUUUGGGCUCAUCCCAUCAGUGGAGAAUAACCCAUGCCAGACCAACCCCUGUCUCCACGGAGGGAGCUGCUUGCAGGAAGGUGACGGCUAUAGCUGCUACUGUCCUCAGGGCUUCUCUGGAGAGAGCUGCGAGAUCGACAUUGAUGACUGCCAGUCUAAUCCAUGCCAGAAUGGAGGAACCUGCAUUGAUGAGAUCAACUCCUUUGUGUGUCUCUGCCUGCCCAGCUACGGAGGAGCUACUUGUGAGAAAGAUACUGAGGGCUGCGAGCACACAUGGAGGAAGUUCCACGGCCACUGCUACAGGUACUUCAGCCGGAGACACACCUGGGAGGACGCCGAGAAGGACUGCAGGGAGCACAGCGGCCACCUGGCUAGCAUCCACAGCGCGGCUGAGCAAAACUUCAUCAGAGGUCUAAGCCAUGACAACACCUGGAUUGGGUUAAAUGAUCGUACAGUGGAGGACGACUUUCAGUGGACAGACAAGAUGGACCUGCAAUAUGAGAACUGGCGUGAAAACCAGCCAGACAACUUCUUUGCUGGAGGAGAGGACUGCGUGGUUAUGAUUGCUCAUGAGAACGGCAAAUGGAAUGACGUGCCCUGCAACUACAAUCUGCCCUACGUCUGCAAGAAAGGAACAGUGCUUUGCGGAGCCCCACCCACUGUGGAUAAUGCCUUUCUGAUUGGUCGGAAGCGUUCCCACUAUGAUAUCCACUCUGUAGUGCGCUACCAGUGCGCCGACGGCUUCCUGCAGCGCCACGUGCCCACUGCUAAGUGUCGUGCCAACGGCAAGUGGGACCGGCCUAAAAUCAUCUGCAUAAAAUCCCGACGAGCCCACCGUUACCGGCGCCACCACCACAAGGGCAGGAGGGAGCGCAGGAAGCACAAGAGGCACGGCCACAGAGAGGGGGGGCACCACGGAGGAGAGCUGGGCCAGGGCCACAACCACGGCCACUUCUGAACCAAAAAAAAAGGAAAAACCCAUCCCCUUUCCUUUUCUCCUCUGCUGCCAACUGCAGUUUGCCUGUCUCCCUGUCGUCCCUUCCUCUCGUCCUGUUUCCCCAAACACUACUUCACACCUUACAGCCCAAAACUCUCUGCCCAAGCCCUCUUCCCCGCACCCACCGCCCUGCCCUUAGCUCCACCCCUGGCUCUCAGAGUCAGCCUGUAUCAUAGUCAACUGUGAGGCCUGCCAAAGUGCUGCCAGGCGUCACUGGGACAAUAACAAAAUCCCUUUGUACUCUUUUUACUUUCCUUUCUCUGUUUUACUUUCAUGUCUUAAAUUGUCUGUCACCUACAAUACCCUCUUUACUCGGCCCAGUUACUCCCCCCUCCGAGCUCAACGAUGACCUGAAACAUGGGGCUACGCUGACCUGUUUUUGAAAAAAAAAAUACCUUUGAGAUCCACACCGAACAUUCUUCGGAGAGAAGUGGUUUAGUACAAACUAUAAAUAGGGACGACAUCGCUGAAAAUGCCGUAUCAAAAUCAGACGAGUCAAGGAAGACAUCCAUGUUUGUUGACUUGAGCCUUUUGUCUGUUUAACACGUUAUUUUUUACAAAUAUUAAGUGUUUAUUUCUUGACUCUGCUGCUUUUGGUUUGCUCUUUGUAAGACAUUGUGCUUGACUUAAAGCAAGUUAUUCUGAAACAGAUUUAAUUGAUUUACUUUGAAUCAGAGGCAGUUGUAAUUGAAUUAUUUGAUUGUUAGCGUUGUAUCUUCUUGUCAGUGUAAGACAGUUACUUUAGAUCAGAUGCUAAACCCCCAGAGGAAAAUGGAAAACACACCGCAUCUCAAUUCAGUUUCAUCACGUCACACAUCAGUCACUCUUCAGAUGUGUCGAACAAUCUCAGACUGCUCGUGCUGUGUCAGACAUCCACCCCUGUCGUUCUCGAGGGUUAAUCUGAACCCUUAAUGUCAGUUUUCUCAUGAUAUGUGUCGCUGUAAGAAUGUGCGCUGUGAAUUAAUGAAGGUGAUGCAGCAGGGCGAAGUUCUUCUAACUCACCUGUUUCUGCUUUAUUUUGGAGUUGUACGUCUGAUGUGGAGAAAUUAUGCUGUCAAGCCAGGCAUGAGAGAUACAGGCAGAGACUGAGCGGGUUAUCUAUCAAGCUCCAGUAGUCCCCCUCAGCAAGCACAAGAUAUGACAAGUCCAUGCACAGAGUUUGGGUACACUGGAAAAAAACAUACAUGUCAUAAAAAAGUCUUAUUAAAAAUACAAUU